AUGAUCCAGGCACUUCUCCAGCGCCUGGCCCGCUGGCUCGAUCGGCCGCUUUUCCCAUGGAGGCGUCUGGUCGUCGGCUUCUCUCUCGCCGAGUUCGCCCUCGAGAACUGGCUUCUCUACCGCCAAUAUCGUGUGCUGCAACGCACCACUGUCCCCAAGGCCCUCGAAAAGGAAAUCAAAAAGGAAACGUUCGACAAGUCACAGGAAUACGGCCGCGCCAAAGCAAAGUACAGCUUCCUCCACGGUCUCUUUAACCAAGUCAAACACCUCGCCUCGCUCUACUUCAACCUCUACCCGCUGGUCUGGGCUGCUGCCGGGACCGUCAUUGCCCGCUAUGCGCCCGCCCGCUUCUCUGGAGAAAUCUCGCAGUCGCUCCUGUUCAUGUACAUGCUCGGCUGGAUCGACCUGGUCGCCGGCCUGGGCUUCUCGUACUACCACAGCUUUGUGCUCGAGGAAAAGUUCGGCUUCAACAAAAUGACGGUCAAGCUGUGGAUUUCGGAUAUGAUCAAGGGCCAGGCGCUGGCACUUGUCUUUGGCAUUCCCAUUGGCAGCGCCUUCUUGUCCAUUAUCAACUGGGCGGGCCAGGGCUUCUUCUACUACCUCUGGAUGUUCAUGCUGGCCGUGCAGAUCACAGGCAUGACCAUCUACCCGAUUUUCAUUGUGCCCAUGUUCAACAAGCUCGAGCCGCUUAAGCCCGGCAAGCUCAAGGAGUCUGUCGAGGCGCUGGCUUCCAAGCUGCACUUCCCGCUUGCCGAGCUGCAGGUCAUUGACGGCAGCAAGCGCAGCGCCCACAGCAACGCCUACUUCACGGGCCUGCCCUGGAUCGGCAAGAAGAAGAUUGUCAUCUACGACACGCUGCUGGAGAAGAGCACGGAAAAGGAAGUUGAGGCCGUCUUAGCCCACGAGCUCGGUCACUGGAAGAUGAACCACACGUCACGACUCUUGUUCAUUAGCCAGGCGCAUCUAUUCUACGUGUUUGCCCUCUUUUCCGUCUUUAUCGGCAACAGCUCACUGUAUGCCGACUUUGGAUUCCACGGCGAGAAGCCCACGAUUGUCGGCUUCAUGCUCUUCAACGAGAUACUGUCGCCCACCGAUUCGAUUGUCAAGCUUCUCCUUAACAUCUGGACCCGCAGCAUGGAGUAUGAGGCCGAUGCCUUUGCUGUCAAGCUUGGAUAUGCGCGCGAACUUGGUGCCUCGCUGAUCAAGCUCCAGAUCCAGAACCUGUCGAGCAUGGACGCCGACUGGUUCUACUCUAGCUUCCACCACUCGCACCCAAUCUUGACGGAGCGCCUCAAAGCCAUGAACUGGGUUGGCGACAAGAAGGUUGCCAACGACAAGGCGGCAGACGAGGACAAGGCGGUGAAGGCGUCGGAUCGUGAACUGUAG